AAAAAAAAAAAAAAAAAGAAGAGUGAUUUGUGUGAAAAAAUUCCGAAAAGACGGAUCGAUAUAGCAAAAAGGAAGAAAGAUGGUGGAGAAAGGAGGAGUUGAAGAGAAAGAAAUCAACGACUGGCUUCCGAUCACCUCCAACCGGAACGCCACCUGGUGGUACUCAGCCUUCCACAAUGUCACCGCCAUGGUCGGUGCCGGCGUUCUCGGCCUUCCGUACGCCAUGUCUGAACUUGGAUGGGGACCUGGAAUCACUGUUAUGAUUCUGUCAUGGAUCAUCACUCUGUACACUCUGUGGCAGAUGGUGGAAAUGCACGAGCCGGAACCCGGCAGUGGCAAGAGGCUGGACAGGUACCAUGAAUUGGGACAGGAAGCUUUUGGUGAGAAACUAGGGUUAUGGAUUGUUGUCCCACAGCAGCUCAUGGUUGAAGUAGGAGUCAACAUUGUAUACAUGGUCACUGGCGGGAAAUCCCUCAAGAAAUUCCAUGAUCUCGUCGCUCCCAACGCCCCUAUCAUCAAGACCCCUUAUUUCAUCAUGAUCUUUGGGUCUGUCCACUUGUUCCUGUCCCAUCUCCCUAAUUUCAACUCCAUUGCUAUGAUCUCCCUUGCGGCUGCCAUCAUGUCUGUCAGUUAUUCGACAAUUGGGUGGGUGGCUUCUGUUCAUAAAGGUGUACAGCCAGAUGUGCAAUACACGCCUAGGGCAUCAACCGGCAUUGGAAAGUUUUUCCAGUUUCUCAGUGCUUUAGGUGAUGUAGCCUUUGCUUUCGCGGGGCAUAAUGUUGUCUUGGAGAUUCAGGCUGGAAUUCCAUCCACGGUUGAGAAGCCGUCGAAGAAACCUAUGUGGAAAGGUGUCUUGCUGGCCUAUAUAGUCGUGGCCUUUUGCUAUUUUCCAGUUGCGUUUAUUGGUUAUUGGGCAUAUGGGAAUUCGGUUCAGGACAACAUCUUGAUCUCGCUCGAAAAACCUGUUUGGCUUAUUGCUAUGGCCAACAUGUUUGUUGUGGUCCAUGUCAUUGGCAGUUAUCAGGUUUUUGCAAUGCCAGUCUUUGAUAUGGUGGAAUCCUACUUAAUCAAAUCUUGGCAUUUUACUCCCAGUUUUCUACUUCGUUUGGUCAUUCGAACCUCUUAUGUUCUCCUAACAAUGUUCAUAGCCAUUGCUGUUCCUUUCUUCGGUGGACUUCUAGGGUUCUUCGGAGGGUUUGCUUUUGCGCCAACAACCUAUUAUCUUCCAUGUAUCAUAUGGCUCGCCAUCAAGAAACCUGCAAAGUAUAGCCUGAGUUGGUUUAUAAAUUGGAUAUGCAUAAUUUUGGGAUUCACCUUGAUGGUAUUGGCUCCUAUAGGAGCACUAAGAGGACUCAUAUUGGACGCCAAGAGUUACAAGUUCUUCUCGUGAUUUCACCUUGCAAGAAAAAUGAAUAUCGUUGCAACUUAUGAAACCUUUUAUUUUGUAAAUGUGCUGGGAUAUUGUUAGCUAUCCAAUUACGAUAAAUAAUUAAAGAUUUGACUUCUUAUUUUAAUUUGGUUCAAAAAAUUGUAACCUUUAUCAAACUAUAAAAUUUCUCGGAAUGUACUACAUUAUGUUAUUUGGUAGGGUUGCUUUACUUCUGAAUUAUUGCUUUUUCAUAA